AUGAAUAUCCCAAUUGGCUGCGAAGCCAUAAGACCCGGUGCAUCCAGCCGGACAGGGGACGAGCCAUCCGAGAUUGUCAGCCCGUGGAGCUGCUUCCACUGUCGCCGCCGCAAGGCUCGCUGCAAUAGACGCAAACCCUGCGCGCUCUGUGCAAAAUCCGGUGUCGAUUGCUCGUACCCCGUGUCUGGCCGGAUGCCGACCCGGCAGCAUUAUCCGUCACCGGCUCACACACUUACGCCGGGAGAGAAGCGCGCGGAACUGAUCAAUCGUUUGAGAUAUUUGGAAGAUGUCGUAGAUAAGCUGAGUUCGCAGGUGCGGCUCGAGGCCAUCCCUAGUGGCGGGAGCGUUGACACUGUUGACUGGGACUCGUCCCUGGGUGCUUCUGGCGCCGAAAAUAGCAAUGGCAAUCUUGUGAAUGAUUUUGGGAGAUUGCAUCUGCAUGAGGGUGGGAGCCUUUACGUUGGAAACAAGUUCUGGUCCAUCUUCAAUAACGAGGUCAAAAGCGUGCGGCAAGCAUUUGAAGAUGAAGAUUACCAGCAACAGCCCCAACAAGAAGUCGCCGUCUCCGUCAAGGAUGUCAGUCACACUCCUUUAUUUUGCAGAAUGAAGGGGCGGCCCCCAGAGGACAUAUCGCAGCCUCUGCCGUCCCAAGUGCCCUACAUCUGGCAGGUCUUUGUCGAAAACGUCGACCCCAUGAUUAAGAUUCUGCACGUCCCAACCAUGGACAAGACCAUUCGACAGUCCAAGGGCAGGUUUGAGCCUCCGGGUUCUGGAAUGCGGGCUUUGAUGUUUGCGAUAUCCCUCGCAGCAAUCGCUUCCCUCAGUGAUGCCGAGGUCCAAGAGAACUUUCACGAAUGCAAAGACGACAUGGUAUCAUACCUACUUCAGGGGACAGAAGAAUCCCUUGCGAGCGCCGGCGUGUUGGACACCACGUCCAUAACUGUUGCCCAAGCGUUCCUGUUGUACCUUGAUGUCGCAGGACACCACUACGGCGUGAGAGCUAUGUGGACCAUGACGGGAAUAUUGGUUCGGUCAGCAGUGUCAAUGGGGCUUCACCGCGACGGCUCCAGGUUCCCGAACGUCGACCACUUCGAUUCAGAGAUGCGGCGGAGGCUGUGGUGGCACAUUUGCUUCGUCGACAACCGCGUGAGCCAGUGCGAUGUUCCCGAGAUGGCACUCUCCGAGAGCAUUUUCGACACCCGCCAGCCCGCCAAUGUCAACGACAGCGACAUAUUCCCUGGCAUGACGCACGAGCCGGUUGGCCGAGAGGGCUUCACAGAGUCUAGCUACAUGCUGGCACACUGCGGUAUCUGGCGCGAGGCUCGGAGACUCUACAACUCUAUUGCGGAUCUCCUGGAUCCCGGCGCAGAGGGAGACAAGGCAAAAGACCGUGGGUUGGAGUCCCUCGCGCGUUUCCGGUCCAAGGUUCUAGGGGAAACUCUUGCGCAGCCAGAGCCGCCGCGACUCCUGACGACCACGAUGCGGCUAAUCAUAGAGGUUCAGCUGGAUCAGCUGGCUCUUGUUAUCCAUCAUAGAGACCUCUUGAGGCAUCCCGGAAAGUCGGCUGAACCGGUCAGGCAUCCAUCUUUCGAGUCCGCCUUUAGAUGCCUCGAGGUAAUGCAAAAGUGGAAGGCUGAUCCUGCCACACGGCAAUGGAGCUGGGUAUCUACCAACUACCAUCAAUGGCAUGCGGCUUGCGUCGUGUUUGCCCAACUCCGCUUCGGCCCGUGGACCGCUGUUGCCGAGAAGGCGUGGAAGAUUGCCAUGAAAUUUCUCGAUGACAUGCCUGAUGCGCUGUUGAACAGAAACCCGCUCAAGCCGGCCAUCUUCGGCUUGGUUAAUGCGGCUAAAACGCAUCGAGAGGAAGAAAUACAUAAGAUGUGUCUGGAAAGGAACCCCAAGGGUUCGUCUGCUUCUCAGGCAACGCCGUCUCCUUUCUCGCUUGGUAGCGCAGCGAGCGUAGAUGAGGGUGCGUCUCGUGACCCCAUGACCUGGGCCUGGGUUUCAAGCGAUAACGAAUCCUCUUCUUAUGCAGACUUUCUAAACACUUCUGUGUGGGGUUCCACUUUGGCAAGUUCAAGCAGAACGCCCUCGGACGCAAUGGUUGAUGUUGAUAGAGAUGUUUUAAACGUCAAAAGGAAUGCAGGCCAGCCUCAGUCUGGCCUUUCCACGAAUGCUCGCCACCCUCGGGGACACGCCGUUAUUGGGGAAGACCCAGAACUGGAACGUGCAGGUUUGCAAAGCAUUGAUCAGGUUGAUUUUGGCAUGGAUCCAAACUUCGAAGAGGAACCCUUCAAUUUCUUUCAGUUUAUGUAA